UGAACGCACAAGCAUCUCGGCGCUGUGCAAGAAAGGAGUUUACCCGGCCUUAUCUGGAGAAAGAACUCAACUUUUUUCGUUUGGCAAGCUCCCCUUGUGUGUCGUGCUUGUUUUUCUGAUUGGACGCGCCUUGGACCGUUCGUAAUUGGCGCAGUUCUUGUGCGUUUUUCCAUGUUGGAUUAAGUUUGCGUGGAAAGAAAUGUUAUCUGAACCCACUGCGAGAGGAGGUGGGAGUAAGAUACGAGUCUGGUAAUGCAUACAUCUUCCUUACAGGACUGGGAUGUUUUGCUGAACUCCAAGCAAAACUAGCUGAGAGUCUGUCGCUGCGUGUGCGUAAAAGGUUAAAAAAAAAAAAAGUUGCGGACUGAAAAGCGCAAGUUUGGAGUGAAUUAACGAUGGCUUUAAAGGCGAAAGUUUUGUACGACUUCACCUCGGAAAACCCUGGAGAGAUUUCCAUUUAUGAAAACGAGCUGGUCACUUUGUUCAGCGAGGAGGAGCUUGAAGGCUGGCUGGAAGGGGAGAACAGUCGGGGUGAGAGUGGCCUCCUGCCCGCGUCCUAUGUGGAGAUCAUCCGGGAAACAAUCACCUCCGCCACCGCUAAUAACAACGGCUUCUCCUCGCCCAAAUCCACCAGCCAUUCCUCCUCCUUUGCGUCCCCGGUGUCCCAGAGAGGAGGAGGGGGUGGUGGUGGAGGAGGAGGAGUAGGGGGCGGCAGUGGAAGUGGAAGCUGCGGUGGGAGCUUCCACACCAGCCAGGGGAGUGAUGACGACUGGGACGAUGACUGGGAUGACACUUCACCUGCCACCGCCAAUCCUCCGCGGACUUUAGGCACCACGCCCCCGCUUUACCCAGUCACCACGUCCCUGCCAGCGAGAAGGAGCAGCAGCAGCAGCCAACAACUGCAGCAUCAGCAAGCCAAGAGCACGGCUACGGUGGGACGGAACUUGAAUAGGUUUUCAACUUUUGUCAAGUCUGGAGGAGAGGCUUUUCUGUUGGGAGAGGCCAGUGCGCUUGUGAGGGAUGGGGACAGGAUCUGUGUGGUGAUGGGGAAGCACGGGCCAGAGUGGCAGGAGGACCCCUAUCCAUUCACAUGUACUAUUGAUGAUCCAACCAAGCAGACAAAGUUCAAAGGCAUGAAGAGCUACAUGUCGUAUGGGCUGACUCCAACACACACCAAUGUGCAAGUCAACCGCAGGUAUAAACACUUUGAUUGGCUGUACGCUCGUCUGGUAGAGCGGUUCCCUGUCAUCUCUGUGCCACACCUGCCAGAGAAGCAGGCCACAGGGCGCUUUGAGGAGGACUUCAUCUCCAAGAGGAGGAAGGGCUUGAUCUGGUGGAUGAACCACAUGACCAGCCACCCAGUGUUAGCACGCUGCGACGUCUUCCAGCAUUUUCUCACCUGUGGCCCAGACGAGAAGGCCUGGAAGAUGGGCAAGAGGAAGGCCGAGAGAGACGAUCUGGUGGGGGCCAACUUCUUCCUCACAAUCAGCCCGCCCGAGGUUCCUCUUGACCUUCAGGAAGUGGAGAGCAAAGUAGAGGGCUUCAAGACCUUCACCAAACGAAUGGAUGAGAACAUUAUUGUUGUGAACACUACCAUCAAUGAGUUCGCCCGUAAGCAGAUGACCGGGUUCAAGAAAGAGUACCAGAAAGUGGGACAGUCCUUCAAAGUGCUAGCCCAGGCCUUUGAACUGGAUCAGCAGGCAUACUCAGUUGGUCUGAACAAAGCUAUAGCCUACACUGGAGAAGCCUACGAGAACAUCGGGGAGUUCUUUGCCGAGCAGCCGCGGCACGACCUGGAUCCUAUAUCCGACCUGCUCGAUAUCUACAGAGGGCAUCUAGCUAACUUCCCUGACAUUGUUGAUGUGCAGAAAGGUGCUCUUACCAAGGUGAAGGACUGUUCUCAACCGGAGAGCGCCCUCCAUGACCGCUGUAACAUCAUCUCGUGUGCCACGCUUGCAGAGAUCCAGCACUUCCACCGCACACGGGUACGAGACUUCCGCUCCCAGAUGCAGCACCACCUCCAGCAGCAGAUCAGCUUCUUCCAAAAGAUCACGGCCAAGCUGGAGGACGCACUGCACAGAUAUGAUGAGCAGUAGACUUGGAAAGGAAAUAAAGGAGAGAGAACUUUGGAUGAAAAAUAUGAAAAAGUAGGUCACUGGAACUUCAAAAACCUGGAUUCUUUGAAGAGCCCUGAUGAAUGUACCAGUAGCAGGGUUUUGCUGACGACGCCUGAGACAAGUCUUUUGAGUGUAAUAUUAAAAGCAGCUGUAUGUGCUCUGCCUGCAGCUUCCUGGUGUCAUGGUCACAUGAUCUGCCUCUACUGAAAACCUACAGCUUCAUGGGAACAGCCUGGAAAUCCUUACAACAACAUACACUUGACUUGAACUGGAUGUGGUCUCUACCAUCUGUCCCCUGGUUUGUUUUUACUUGAAUGACCUGCUCAGUAUUGUACAGCCUUUGAUGGUGCAUCAUGAAAAUGAACACAAAGUUGAGUUUAGUCAUUCUGUUAUCCCCAUUUUUAACCAAGAAAGACUGGGCAUCACUGACUACUUCUGGCACACAUCCUAAUCAGACAAUACUAUUUAAGUUCUUCAUACUGUGUGAAGAUACCUUCAAGAAA